GAUAAGCGCGUGAAGAGCCCGUGGAGCCACAUAGCACGCUACGCUUCUGCAUACACCGGCUGCGCGCCGUCUGAUUGAUCAACUUUAUUUAUUAAUAAUUCAGUAAAUAAUAAUCUAAGCCAAAAUUGGUAAAGAAACUUUUAGUUUAAAAUUUUACUCUCAUUCUGUAAAAUAAGAAUUAUUCAUUCUGGGAUACCCUGUAUAUUUGCUAAGAGAUGUAUAGCCCUGUUAAUUGAGAAAACCAUAAUUCUUAAAGUAUAUUUAGCUUAUAGAUUUUGGGAAGGCCGUAUGUUUUUUUCACUCGACAAAUUCAAGUCGUUACUAUGAAGAGCCCAAUAUGUUUCUUUGAGAAUCCAAUCUUUGUUUAACCAAUCUUUUAGCAUUUUGUUUAAAUUUUUUUUUAAUAUUGUGAAUCGGGUUUAUAUUGACUACGGUGUAUGUAGGAGAUAAUGUUUUAAAUGUUUAUUAAGAAAAUAAGAGUAAACCUCAUAAACUCGAACAGCGCUUUAACCAACUUUCAAUUCACGAAUCGUUGCUCGAAGCUAACAGAAUUCUUAAUUAAUUUUCUAUUUUUGCGACUUAACUCUCUGGGAAUAUCCGCUUGUCUCGCUCGAAAAUUCUCUUGCACACUUCAUUUUUAAAAACAAACGAAAAUACUCGCACACCACUCGCUGCCGAAUUCUCGACACGCUCGCAUACUCGUACACAUUAUACUUCCUACAGUGUAUGUGUUAUUGUCACUUAGCAUUGUUCCCAUUUUUUAAAUGUAUUGUUGUUUAUCAAGAAUUACUGUCACAUUUCCUUUAUCUGCUCUAAUAAAAAUGACAUUUUGGUUCGCUCUGCAGAAAUCUAUAGUUUUUCUUUGUAAAUCUAUGAUCUCCUUAUCUAUAUUAUUAUAGCUGGGAGAAAUAGUUAAAAAACCAUAGUUGUGGGAUAACUGCAUGCUUGUCUAAUCCUUGUUAUUGUUUCUAUAUCUAUUUCUCUGCUAUAAUUUUUCAAAUCUUUAAUGAAUUCAUGAGUGGUGGCUUUUUUAUUGAAAUGUGAAUGAAGGCAAAAGUUAUUGCCUAAUUGUAGUAAGUUGGAAACUGUUUGUGGAAUGUGGGUAUUUGAUAGAUUUAUAAAUCUAUCAAAUUAAUCAUUUUUUUAUUAGUUUCCGAUAUAGAGUUGUUUUUCUUUUAGAUGAAUAAGGUUAUUCUUCUUUUAGAUGAUAUGUUUUAGAUUUCUUCAAAAUAUCUUUUAGAUAACGCCAGAUAUCUAAAAGAUAUCUCAAAUUGUUGCAUAAGACAUCUUUCAAAUCGCGAAAAGAUAUCUUUUUGUAAAAAAUGCAAGAUAUCGCAAAAAAUCGCAAGAUGUCCUUUAGAAAUCUAAAAGACAUCUUUUUGUCUAUAUUGGUAGUUUGUAUGAACAUCUCUUUUCAUAGUUGGCGCAUUCUUUUUAUAUCAUUACUUUUGUAGAGAAAAUAAUUUUUUUGUUUUUUUUAGGGGGGGGGGGAGAUUAUUUUAUUAAAUAUGUGUUAUCCAUUAUUAUAUGUGUUAUCCGUUGUGACAACGUGAAAUUCUGAGGAUGUAACAACUGAGGGUUAAUAAUAACUUGCUUACUGUGUCGGUAAUAAGAGUCGCAAAUAUAAAUGAAUAUCAAAGAUAAGAAAUUGAAAAAUGGCGAUUUAUUUAGGAAAGAUCGUUAUGUCUUGGAGCAGCUACGCUAGCGCAGACUAUACGCGUCGCACGUCUUUGUGGUCCCGUAAUUCUCACUCAUUCGAUUGCCCCUCGUCAUACGGGUUACUUGGCGGGACUCUUGGCCGACAUCGAGGAUGCCGGGAGGCUCUUAGCUUUUGGAGCUGGAGAUCGUCGUUGCGAAUACGAAACAUACCUCACGACUUUAGGUGUCACACUGCAGCAAUGUAGAAUGUUUUCAGAAAAAUAUAUUUCGUCACCAUCAUCCAUCGAAUUGGAAAGGGCGACUAUCGUUUUAGCGGCUCCUCCGUGCAGCUAUACUGGCGUUCGAGACGUUGUCGAUCUUGCCAUUGCUCGCGGUGGUGACACCAAUUUAUUGGAAUUGUUAACUAGUGAUACUGCGGAUGGAAUAAAACAAUCCCAUUCUCUUCUAACUGAACAAUUUUCUACGCUCAAAUACGCGCUAACCAGACCAAAUAUACAGUUUUUGAUAUAUGAAGUGCAUACAAUCUUGCCAUCCGAAACUACGGAAAUGAUUCGACAGGUUGUUGAAUACGUCAAUCAAUUAGCUACGGAGAAGUACAUUUGCGAGCAUUUU